CAGCUCCGUCCCCAGCGCAGGGUGGCCGGGGAGCCCUCACCAGCUGCUCCCACUGUACUGGCACUGGCUGCCCAGGGGAGCUGGCACAGGGCAUGGUUUGGCCCUGGCAUGGGGCAGGGGAAGCUGGAGAAAGAGCAGAUCCACGCAAGGGAACUCCCCCAAAACCUCUUGGCGUUCCCAAGUACCACCUCUGCUGCCUGGCAGUUCGUUUGGGUGGCCGAUGCAGCCCAUCACCUGAGUGCUGGUGCAACCCUGCCUCCUCCCCAUCCCGCCAUGUGCCUUCCUUGUGGCUUUCUGCACUGUUUUUCCCCCUCUGUAAUCUUAUGUCUUUCUUUUCCCACUUCCGUAGCUACGAACACCCACAUGCGUUAUCUCCUUCCCCUGUCCCAUCCUGAAGGCUAUUUAUACAGAGCCCAGCUUGCCGGAGAGUGCUGCAGGAGCGGAACAGGGCUGGCAGCACCCACAGCCCAACAUGCUCUUGUUGGAACACCUGCUGGCUGGACGAGGCUGCUUGCUGCUCUGGCUGCUCCUGUCUGUGCUCAGAGCCCAGCCUAGCGAGGAGGCGAGGCCCAGGUCCAUGCCAUGCCAGCAGAGCCCCAUGAAGGUGUCUUGCAAAGGAGUUGGCCUGCGCAAGUUUCCAAAGGAGCUUGGCCAAGGAGUUAAGUACCUUGAGCUCUCCAACAACUUCAUUCAAAACCUGUCGGGCAGCUACCUGCCAGGGUUUGGGCAGCUUGAGUACCUGGACAUGUGCUUCAACCAGCUGGAAGCCGUGUCAGCCACGACCCUAGCUCAGCUGUCCCAGCUGCGCUCCCUCCUCCUGGGAUCGAACCACCUGGACCGCAAUUACCGCGCUAACGGGCGAGCCUUUCGACUGCUCAGGAGUAUAGAGGUCCUGGACCUGUCGGCAAAUAACCUGGAGAGCCACAUGGCAGGCUGGUACAUCAGCAACCUCACCAGGCUGAGGAUGCUGGAUCUCUCCAGGAACAAGAUGACCAGGCUGCCAGUGGGGAUCUUCUGGAGCAUGCCACAGCUGCGCGAGCUAAAUCUCAGCAACAACUACAUCAUGGAAAUCGAGGAGGGAGCUUUUGAGGCUCUGGAAUUGCUGGAGGUGGUGAACUUGGCUUUGAAUUCCCUCCACUGUAUCUCUGGCUUCAGCCUCACACAGCUGCGAGUUUUAAAUCUCAGCCACAAUGCCCUGGAGCUCUUCAUCUCGGAGGAGGGAGCGGAGCCCUACCUGCUUCAAGUGCUUGACUUGAGCCAUAACAGACUCCUCUAUUUUCCAGAGCUCCCCAAAGCCCAUUAUCUCACACACUUAAACCUCUCCAACAACCUUAUUGCUUCCCUGCUCCCAGGCUCACGCCGUCCGGAGGAGUUUGUACCGUGCUACACGGAGAUGGCGAGGUUUAAUAGGACCUUGCAUACCGCAGCUGGUCUGACACAUGUAGCUGACUUGGAUCUCAGCAAUAACCGGCUGCAGCUGUUCCCAUUUACCUUCUUCCACAGCCUGGGCUCUCUGCACAGCCUCAGCCUGGCUAUGAACUGUCUCCAGGAUGUAGCCAGGGAGCCGCUCACCGGUGGCACAGAGCCCAGUGACCGCUCGCCCACGCCGCUGGAGCGUGCCACCCUGUCUGUGCACUCACUGGACCUCCACAGCAAUGCCAUCUGCGUGCUGCCGCGCUGGUUUUUUGAUUAUCUGCCUCAGCUGGAAGCAAUUGAUCUGGGCUCCAACAGCCUCCAGCCUUGUGAGAGCCCGGGGAGUGAUCGGGGAGGGAAUUCGGGAGAGGGCUCUCCCGUGCCAGCCCCAGGAGGCACCUGCACCCCCUUCUACAAUGUCCCUCACUUGAAGCAUCUGAGCCUUUGCAAGAACAACAUCGCCAGGCUGCAGCCCUACGCCUUCAACCGGACGUCACUGCUCUCCCUAGACCUGUCCGGGAACAAGGACUUGUUCAUGCCUAAGGAAGCCCUGGGGGGGUUGGAGUUCUCCCUGCAGAAACUCUCUCUGAGGGGUAACCAGAUGGACAACAGCAAGGCAGAGCUCCCCUGCCUGGACACACUCAAAGUUUUGGACCUCUCGGGCAACAAUUUGAGCCUUUUGCCCACAGGUCUUUUCUGCUGCCCGCUGGAAAGCCUGAACAUCCGCAAUAACAACCUGCUGACGUUGGAAAAGCCAGCGCUCAUCAGCUGGUCCCACAGCCUGAAGGACGUGUCCGUCGCUGGAAACCCCUUCAGCUGUUGCUCGCUGGCCUGGCUGGACACGCUGCGGGCCGCUGGUGUGGGUGUGCGGGACCUGGACGAAGCCCUCUGUGCCUACCGGGACCAGAGCAGGAACUUCUCAGCCAAGAUAACCAGCAGUCCUCGGUGGCUUUGCCCACCUCCCAAGGACACCAUCUCGCUGGCUCCAUUCGUGGUCGUGAUGAGCCUUUUCUUUCUCAGCUUCGGGGCUUGCUGCCUCCUGAAGAAAGGGCAGAAGGUGCCGGAGUGUGCGGGACUCCAGAGCAACAGGGUGGGGGUCUUCCCCCCCCAUCCCAAAAUUGCAGAGCCAGCCCAGCUGUCAUCUGACCAGAGCGGUGGAGUUGGCAGGGCUGAACAUGACCCCAGGCACUGCUGUGGAGGAGAUCUGCCCUGGCCUCACCCACUGCGACAGCGAGAACGAGAGGCAGUCCUGCGUGUCCCUGGCUGAUGCUGGGUCACCGGCUCUUUGCGGUGGGUGCACAACAUUCCCACCUGCAGCGUCUGGACUCCCACAUUGCUGGUGGCAGGGGCAGCUCGGUCUCCAUCGCAGGGGUAAGUGCUGGCAGGGCCUUGGUCCUUGGUGCAUCUGGCACCCUCUGAGCAUCUACAGGGGGGCUAGGAGCCCAGCUAGGGAGGGCGGCAGGAGAGGGUGCUGAGCGGGACGGUGAGCUGCAGCAGUGAUGCGGGAUGGCUGUUGGCAUGAUGUGAUGCUCCUGGUGUGCACAAACCGCCAGCCGUCUGUCCUGGCUGUGAGGUGUCCGGCAGAACGAUGCUGCACCCCCCCAGGACAGCAGCCAGGUGCCUGACAAGCACCUGAAGGCUGGGGCCGGCUCUGGGGAAGGGUAAAAACACGGCUGUGAUGAAACCUUUUAUGUUUCACAUCUCUUUGCUUCCACCUUGAAAGCCCCCAGCUGGCCCAGGCCACCUACUUGUCCACACCUGUUGGGCUAGAGGCUGAGAGCAAAAGGGCUUGGAAGUCACUUAAAAUCCCAAUUACUUAACUUUUUUUUUCUUCCCCCUUUCAAGCUUAUCGUGGUUUUAUUACGAAGCAAAGGGCAUUUUUGCUGUAAAACAUAUGCCUUCCCCAUGCUGCCUGUAUUGCUGCUGGGGCUGCAGCUUCCUGGCCUUUGAUGGGCAUCCAGCUCCCGAGGGACCCCCAGUGCCUUUGAUGGCCCCAGUUUCCAUUCCCGCCUCAGUUUCUCUUUGAUCUGGCACUCUGCGCCUUGUCACCGCGAGCAAUCAGCCAUGCUGGUGCCUGGGGCAUCACAGGGGAGCCUGGCGCUGUGUGUCACCACCCUGCAGAGACCUUAGGGAUGGGCAGGCAGCCAUUGCCGCUGGUAAAAACCCAGCCUCCUGCUCAAGGGUGGCUUUUUGCUAUAUCUCCGCUUCCACACACACUCUUCCCCUUUUUGCUCCUCCUCCUGUGUCCCUCUGGUUUGCCAAAAUCCCAGUGCAUGCUGGCCACCCUCCCACCACCACUGCAAGCCCUCGUCCUCUGUCAUGCUGGUGCUCCCUGGCUCCAUCCCCUGCUCCAGCACAGGUCCCAGCCGAUGUCCCUAAGGAAACACAGCCAGCUGGGCUGGGCCAUGGAGUGCAGCGUGCCAGGAGCUGUGUGCCCACUUUGGUCCCUUCUGCACUUAUCCUCAGCAGGGUGCCGUGGUCUCGGGUGGCACCUGAGCUCCCUGGGCAGGGACGUGAUUUCCCGCAUGCCCAUGAAGCACCACAACAGCAGGUGGGUAAAUUCAGCUUCGGUGAGUCCCUAAAGCUGUGCCAGCCCCCUUCCCCAGCCCAGGUGCUUGGUGACAUUACAGGGACACUCUUCGGGGCCACCCAGCCAGAGCCCAAAAUGCUGCUUUUGCCUUGGGUGGGUGUUUCUGGUACAUUUUGAGUGGCCUCUGUUCCUCAUUUAAGCCCCCUCCCAGGCUGUACUUUCCACGCAUGUCACAGUAAGAUGUCCUGCCCUUUGUGCUCCCCCUUCACCAGCUUCCACCAGCAUCCUCCUCGCACUGGGCUUGCGGAGGGCUGGAGCCAGGUGACGGGCAGGGACACUGCGUACCGCCGGGUGCUUGGGGACGCUGUGUGCCUGGGUGCUCGCUCAGUCAGUGCCAGGCGCUGCCCCCAGCUUCCCCAGCGCUCCCGAGCCGUGUUUAUCCAGUGCUGCUGACGCAGGCUGUGUCACAUCCUCACGGGCCAGCAGCAGCUGGUGGUUGACCUGUGCGGAGAUGGUGGCACUUGGGGACAGCGGGCUGCUGGUGCCUACGUUUUCUCCAGGGAUUAGAGCAUCUGCUAAAGAAUGUGCUAAAAUUAGGAGAAAGGGUCCUGUUACUGGUUUUGCCCUGCAGGGAAGGCUCCCAAAAACACAUAAAGCUUAAGGUAAGAGGGGUGGAGGAGAGAAGCUGGCCUUGCCAAGGGACAGGGAGCCUGCCAGAGCCUGGCGGAGAGCGGGGUAAGCUUUAAAAAAGACAAGAAAGCCUGGAGAACCCCCGAGGUCAAAGAAGGGUAGCUAAGGCGGGGAAACUGAGCCAGGGAAAUUGCAUGUCAACUUAUCAUCUUUAUUGAUGUUCAUGCGCUUUCCCAAUUCAAAGAAAAACAGGAUUCCAGGCUGUGGUCUCAUGGGUACUGCAAGAGCUGAACCUGCCCCAGCGCGAGGGCAAUGCCCCCUUCCCCCAGUGACUGGACAAGUGACGUGCCAGGAGCAGGGCACGGGGUGAGCCCCCAGGGCUUGGGCUGGCACAGGGGAUGGUGAGGUGUGACCGGGCUGGCCAGACCUGCCCCUUGCGAUCCGCACCGGUGUCAGCAGGAACCAGCACGAGUCACACAUGAGGUGAGAGGGACCCGGCGGCCGCACUGGCUGGUGUUCACAGGAGGGGUAUGUUCUGGGUUCUUCAUUGCUCCUCCACCUGAGCUUCCCACAGUUCAGGGGAAGCGGUCCCCUCCAGGGACCUCAAGCUUUUUCUAGAUCAAAAAUGAGAAUAAAAGAUCUGUAGAAUAUUGAAGUUUAAACAAAUAAAGUGACAAUGCCAAAA